AUGUAUGAGGAUCAGGAUCUUGACAUUGAUGAGGAAGAUAACUAUUCGGGGAAUCAAGGAGGUUUUCAGAAAUAUAACUCUGGAAAUCAAGGUUACAAUUCUGGAAAUGCAGGUAGGAGCUAUGCUAGGGAUGGUCAGUAUGAAAGGCCAACAAAUAGAGAUCAAAGAAACUGGCAAAACAGAGAGGGGUAUAGGAAUGACCGCAGUGGUGUAUAUGUACUUCCAGGUAAUAGAGACCGGGUGAGUGGUAGUUCUAACGGUUCCAAGCUGGAGGACAUGAUGGCUAAGGUACUUCAGAAGGUUGAGUCAACCGAUGCAGGGGUGAAAGAAAUGAGAGGUGACUUCCCGAGCAUGAGUCAGUUGGUGGACUCUCACACCACCUCCAUUAAACAAAUAGAGCAGCAGUUGGGGCAACUCUCAGCCUCAAUGAAUCAGAGAAAGAACGGAUCACUACCAACUGAUACCAUUCAAAAUCCUAAGAAGAAAGGACACUGCAUCGCCAUCGCCACCAGGAGUGGUAAAGUUCUUUCUGACCCUUCUUCUGCAGGUACCAAGUAUGAACAGGUCUUGGAGCAAGCUAGCAGAGAGGAGGAUGAGAAUAUACCGGUAGAUGAUCAAGGAGAGGCUCAACAAUCUCAACCUAAACAAAUUCCCAGGCCACCUCAUCCUUUCCCUCAAAGGCUCAAAAAGAAAGCUGAAGAUGGAAAGUUUACGAAAUUCUUCACCAUGCUUAAACAACUUUCAGUAAACAUUCGAUUGGUUGAAUCCCUAGAGCAGAUGCCAGGAUAUGCCAAGUUCAUGAAAGACUUGGUCACCAAGAAAAGAACUGUAAGUCAUGAUUUCUCUAACGAUGUUCAUCAUUGCAGUGCCAUUACUACCAGAUCUCUGGUGCAGAAAAAGGAGGAUCCAGGUGUAUUCACAAUACCAUGCACCAUUGGGUCAAUCAAGUUUGCAAAAGCUUUAUGUGAUCUGGGAGCUAGCAUAAAUCUGAUGCCUUUAGCCAUUUAUAAAAAGUUAGGUUUGGGAGUACUAAAAUAUACAUCAAUGAGGUUGAUGGUGGUUGAUAGGUCAGUAAAGAGGCCACUGGGAAUCAUAUGUGAUGUACUGGUAAAGGUGGACACUUUCAUCUUUCCAGCUGAUUUUGUGAUUCUGGAUUGCGAAGUAAAUUUUGAGGUUCCCAUAAUCUUGGGAAGACCCUUUUUGGCCACAGGAAGGGCUUUAGUGGAUGUUGAGAGAGGAGAGUUGAAGUUCAGACUCAACACAGAUAAGGUAAGGUUCAACAUUUGCAGAGACCGUGAAUUCAUUGCAGGGUAUGGGAACACAUUCGUAUGCGCCAAACAAAUUGGACUUGGACUAGAAAAACAUGCCAAGCCUCCAGCAAAACCAUCCAUUGAGGAGCCACCAGUGUUAGAGCUGAAACAGUUACCCAAUCACCUCAGGUAUGUAUUCUUGGGUACUAAUAACACUUUACAUGUGAUAUUGGCUGCAGAUUUGAAUGAAGAGCAGGUAUUUGCACGCAUAAAAUUCAGCUUGAGGAAGACUGCAGCCCGAGUAUUGAACACCAACGGAGGUUGA